CUUAGAACCAUUAAGGCUGGAGAAGACCUCUAGAAUCAUCAAGGCCAAGAGCCAGAGGGAAGUGUGACCUUUUAUUGAAUAAACCUUCCUGUUGUACAUGCCUGGGGCUGCGUGCCAUGGCCUGAGCAACCCGAUGGGGACCGUGAGAAGACGUCCCAUGCACCGGUGAUUGGUGUGAAACACUGAUGGCAAGCAAGCAGAGGUGCAGGGGAAGGCCCAGAAACGUCUGCUGGGGCUUGAGUGCUGCUGGCACACGUGCAGCAGGUGAGGCUCAUUGUGAUGACCAAGCCAUGGAUGACGGCAUCACUGUGGGACGGGUGGUGAUGACCCGGAGUGAAGGUGAGGACUGGCAACAGGGCCAAGUGAUCCUUUGUGACAUCGCUGUGCGGUGGAUUGUGACUGCUCAGCCCACCCUGCUGCAACGCGGGUGCGGCAGCCCAGCCGAUCAGUUCGUGCCUGGCAUCGGACCGAGCGUGUGUGCGAGGACCGGAGCGCAACAGGGCGAGUUUGGAGCUGGAACGUGCUCUGGGUGCUGCCAGCGCAGCUCUCAGCGGCCGUCUCAGAGCCACUUGUGCCGUACCCUGACCCUGCUGGGAGCAGGCGGACGGGACUUUGUUCAGAGUCGCGUGCAGCAGUGCAGUUUGUAAUACCUUCUGCCUGCUGCAGCACCAGUGAGGGGAGCAGCUUCCCAACCUCAGGUCUCCCCAGCCCACCGCAGAGCCCGGGACCAUGGACGUGCCAUCCAACUGGACCUGCCCCGUCUGCGGGCAAGCUCGGGAGGAUGUCACCCAUGUGACCCCCUGCCAGCAUCAGCUCUGCUAUGGCUGUGCCAUCUGGUGGGCCCAGAAGAAACCGACUUGUGCCGUAUGUGGGCACAAAAUAAUCACCAUCCGCUACUCCAUGAGGGCGGAUGACGAUUAUCUUGAGUGUCCCAUCCCGCAGCCCACGGGACACUCAGAUGAUGGCCUGCAGGAUGAGCAGGGGCCUGCAGAGUCAGUGCCUGCAGAGCCAGUGCCUGCAGAGCCGGAGCUCAUUCCACCGGAGCACAACUUCCCUGCCGAGGUCUGGGCUGCGUUUUUCUGUCAACAUCAGGAAGACCUCGCACCCCUGCUCUUCUGGCUGCAAGAGGAGAUCCGGGCAAUGUCCGGCGGUGAAUGGUGGGAGGUGCAAGUCGGACUGUGGGCCACUGUGAACUUACUGUGCGAGCACGGGCUCGACCAGGCGGCCUUGGUACAAGAGCUGCAGGUGAUCACCCACGGCGACAUCGUGCCCUUUGUGCAGGACCUCAUCAGCAUCGCCGCAGCCCUGUAUGGCCCCCUGAUCCGCCGCCAGCUGGACCAGCAGGACGGCCGUGCUGCACGAGGGCGGGAGGACGGCCCUGCAGCCAGCCCCAACAUCUGCACCUCCCCUCAACAUCCUCCUGCCUCUGGAACCGAGGAGCUUCUCAGCGGCUCCACUGGGGGACCUGGGCUCCCCGGCACCGCCACCGCAGCAGAGGAGCCGCAGGAAGAGCCAGGGCAGGCAGCAGCUGCGGGCCCUUCCAUCCGGAGCAGAGACCGCUCGUGUGGGGGGCCCCGGCGCGCCCCGAAGAGGAAGGCCUGCAGCAGCCCCCAGGAUUCGCCCCCACCCCGCAAGAGGCGGCCCCGACGACGGCGCUAGGCCUCGUCCCACUGCCAUCAAAGCACGCCUCCAGGGGGCUGGGCGGCCAACAUCUGCCUCCCAGCCUGCUGUUUGGAGAGAAAAUAAAAGUACGUUCAGAAAAUAAAAUGUCUUGGUGUUAUUGACAAGGCUGAUGGCGUUGCUGUCCCUACCCAUGCCGCUUUCUCCCUCUUCUGUUCCUGUGGCAUGGUGUAGAAUCACUACUUUAUUUCCACCACCAUACACUGGCACUCACAACAGCACUAACAAAACACGUGUGGUCAAGUUGUGAACCAAAACUACAGCUCCAUCUAUAAUACGGAUUCCCAGAAGCAUGCUGUGUUUCUCA